GCCGUAGGUAUUUCGCCGGUGUGGAGUGGGUGCGCGCAUACUUCAGCAAGUGGCCCCGCAUUCCCCGGCGGCCGGGCCAUCCAUGGCGCGCAGCUCCUCGCUGCCCAGGACUGCGCAGGCGGCCGCGCCCACAUCGAUCCUUCCACCACAUGAAAAGGUGUCCGCGGGCGGCAAGAUUCUGGGAGGACAAAGACGCGCGAGAAUUUCAUCGCGGUGGGCAGCGCAGCAGCCUGCAGCGUCUACCCCCCCAAAGAGACCAGGGCUGUGUCGGCAGCUGUGCCAUGGCCCGGGCUUUGAGCCGCCGGCGCUGAUUUCGAUCGAGCGACCGAGCCAGCGCCCCCGGCCGGGGGUGAGUGUGCUUGCGCGCGCCGGCCCCGCGCCCGUUGCCUGUUUAUCUAAUUGCAGCCUGGCGUGUUGUGUGGGGCGGUGGGGCUCUCUGCCCCGCGGGGCGGUUUCAUACAUAUAUCGCGCGCCUAAAGGCGCCCCACUGCCACCGCCUUUUUUUCAUUCGUGCGCCGGCGUUCUCCCAGCGAGCGGCUGCGCACACAGCCUGCCUGCGCGCGCUGCUUGAUUCGGCGCGCAUGCAUCUUGCAUUAUGCAAAGUGGGAAGGGCGGCUGCGGGCAAGGGUGUGCGUGAGUGUGGCGAAGCUGCCCAUUCCACAGUGUGUGCCCUUUCUUUGGUUUCGGCCUGGAGAUGUCCAGAAUGUAUUGCGUUGUGGAGGGGGCGCAUUGUUUUCACGCAACCCAGUGAGAUAGACCCAGGCCGUCUAGCUUGGUUGAGCAUGUGUAUUUUCGCAGCUGGCGGC